GUCAAAAAUGUCAACAUUUUCACUCUUUUCCUAACUUAAAAAACGUCCAACGAUGCCUCUUCCAGACUUCAAGAAAAUCCCACCUGUUACGAUUUACGAAUUCAAGAACGUCGACGAAACCGAGCCUCUACAUAUCCCAGAACUGGCACCAAAUCGUAAAAUUACGGAUACCGGCUUCCUGAGAUUUUUUCUAGUGUCCGUGAUAUUCGCGAUAUGUUUCGUAUCAGUGACCAGUUCCAUCGGCACGGAUUACAAUAGGUUUGUGCACGGAUACGACAAGUGCGGAGACACAUGUGGUAUCGAUAAUACACCCAGAGCAAACAUUAACUGUUCGGGGAAAGAUCUGGCAGGCAAACCAAUAAUGAAAUAUCGCUUUACUGGCAAGAAGAAUGGAUCCAAGUGGAUCAUGAAGAACUUCAUGGUGCCGGACGAAUGCGUCGAAGGUUGUGACCGACCGAAUCGUUUAUUGUUUCAUCGAUGCAUUCCUGUAGAAGACUUGCCACGACACAGGAAAGCAAACCAGAUAAUAACUUUUGUGGAAUUCGUGCACGACUUCGAAAGAUCCAUAAUUGUUCUAAUACUCCCCAUGUGUCUGACUGCACUACUGUUGGCCAUCUGUCUUCUCUUCUGCCUCUAUUUCAACGCUCACCACACGGUCUUCGGAAUCCUUUCGGUUUCGGUCCUCGGAUUGUUUGGUUUCACCACCUACGUCUGGUACUGGUUCGUAAAAGACAGCGACAAGAAGCAACUGCUAUACGUUGGGAUCAUAGCGACCAUCACGAUAAUCUUGUUGUGUAUUUUUAUAUGCUAUUUCUACGAUAGAUACGGUUUAGUGAUGACAAUGUUUACGGAGGCAACAGAGGCCAUUUUUAGAACGCCAUACCUCACUGUAGUACCUGUAGUGACACUUCUCGUUUUGUAUCUUACCGCCACGGCUGCAGUUUUCCUCGGAUUCCUAAUCAGUUCCAAUCAGUACAUAAGAAAAGUCGAAAAGUUCCCCACCGUGCAUGAGUACGUGCUGACCCCACUGGCUAAAAGUGCUCUAACAUACCUCGGGUUUACUUUUAUCUGGCUGAAAGGACUUUCGAAUGGAUGUCAAUGUAUCGUAGUUGCCGGGCCGGUAUCAGCUCACUACUUCCAAAAUUUAAACGAAAAGUCCGAUGAUCGUUAUCCGGUCCUCACCAGCUGCUACGUCCUUUUCAGGUACCACAUCGGUACUGUCGCUUUUGGUUCUAUGUUUAUAACCAUCCUAACCGUGGUACGUGUCGUCCUGCAAUUUUUUCAAGAUCAUUUUAACUGUACAUGUGUACGCAAUUGUGUGCAGUGUUGUUUGGUUUGCUUAGAGAGUGUAACACAGUACCUAACGAAACGCGCCUACAUCCAAACAGCUAUGCAUGGGGAGCCGUUGUACAAAUCCGGAGUGCGUGCUGCAAGAUUAUUGUGGGCUAACUUAAUGGACGCUGUAGCAUUAGACACAGUAGCGGAUUUCAUCAUAGUUUGUGCUAUUCUUUUGGUGAUACUUGCGGCCUUAGGAGAAGCUGUUAUCAUACACGAAGCAACCGAUUUACAAUUAGACCAUUACUGGACCGUGCUUCUGAUAGGGGCCGCCGGAUGUGGUGUCGUCGUAUAUUUUUUCAUGCAAGUCAUAAACGUUGCCGUGGAGACUAUAUUUAUUUGUUUUUGCGAAGACAAACUCAUGAAUGACGGGAACACGAAACCGUACUUCAUGAGCGAAAGACUAAAAACACUGAUAAGCGCAGCGAGGGAGGCUACGAAAUUACGCGAACAAUCAUAG